AAAUCAUGAAUGCCACGGUGAUGAAGGGCUUCAAUGGGUCUGAGCGGUGCCCCAGGGACACGCGCAUAGCACAGCUGGUGUUCCCAGUCCUCUACACCGUUGUGUUCCUCAUCGGCAUCACGCUGAAUGCUCUGGCCCUGUGGGUGUUUGUUCACAUUCCCAGCUCCUCCACCUUCAUCAUCUACCUCAAGACGACCCUGGUGGCCGACUUGGUGAUGACACUCAUGCUUCCAUUCAAAAUCCUCUCCGACUCACACCUGGGACCCUGGCAACUCAGAGCUUUCGUGUGUCGCUUCUCAGCCGUUGUCUUCUAUGAGACCAUGUAUGUGGGCAUCAUUCUGCUGGGUCUCAUUGCCUUUGACAGGUUCCUCAAGAUCAUUAGGCCUUUUGGAAAAUUCUUUGUACAAAAACCUGCUUUUGCAAAAACAGUCUCAGCCCUCGUCUGGUUCCUUUUGUUCCUCAUCUCUCUGCCAAACAUCAUCUUAAGCAACAAGAAGGCGACGCCGUCAUCUGUGAGAAAGUGUGCCUCCUUAAAGAGUCCUCUGGGGCUGAAGUGGCAUCAGUGGGUGAAUUACAUAUCCCAGUUCAUUUUCUGGACGGUUUUUGCUCUAAUGCUUCUGUUUUAUGUGGUGAUUGCAAAAAAGGUAUACGACUCUUACAGAAAGUCGAAAAGUAAGGACAGCAAAAACAACAAAAAGCUGGAAGGUAAAGUGUUUAUUGUUGUGGCUGUAUUCUUUGUGUGUUUUGCUCCAUUUCAUUUUGCCAGAGUUCCAUAUACUCACAGUCAAACCAACAAUAAGACUGAGUGUAGACUGCAGAAUCAACUGUUUAUAGCUAAAGAAACAACACUCUUUUUGGCAGCAACUAACAUUUGUAUGGAUCCCUUAAUAUAUAUUUUUUUAUGUAAAAAAUUCACAAGAAGGAUAUUAUGUAUGAGAGGAAGAAAGACCACAGCAUCAACACAAGACAAUCAUACUAGUCAGACAGACAAUAUAACCCUAAACUGAUGACUUUAUUGUGGCUCACUUCUAUUUAUGGACUAGAUUUCAAAAGACAGUUUAUUUGGAAAUUACAUUUAAGCAAUAAAGGACGAAAAGAAAUGCUUUCUGACAUUUUAUUACCCUGAUGUACAGAAAGGAUUACAUAAAUUUUAAUUUCACACAGAUCUAGGAAGGAAGCAUCAUUAACAGAAUGCAACAGAAAGCAAACGGCCACUAGAGGUCAUCUUUUCGAGAACAUUCACUUACAUUUUGGAAAAGAGUUUUUGCGGAUAAAUGUGCAUUCCUAAAAUCCUCCUCUCCAAAAUACCUUCUCACAUUCUUUUACACACAUAAUUCAAACAACACUACCGAUUUUGUAUUCCAAAAACGAUACUUGCUGAUUUAAAAAUACACAAAAAACAAACAAAAAAACCAACUUGAAAGCCCUUGGGUGAAGGGUGAAAGCUGAAACCUAGGGCUUGAAAGGGAAGCUACAUAUGAAGUGUCUGGGGAGCUGAAGGUGGUCAGAGGCCCCUGAAAAUCCAAAUGGCGGAGGCUCUCCUUACAAUUACAAAGAGCCUCUUCCAUGUGAUUCCAAUUCACCGCAGGAGGCACAGGCACCAUUAUUGUUAUAGAAAUAGAUUUGUGUGUGUAUUAGAGUCAGGAAUAUAAGU